AUGGCUAGCAACCGCACACGUCGUGUUGGGAAAGAAAUUGCCGACAUCCAUGCAGACACACAUUCCCAGAUCAAGGCUGAGCCUUUUGGAGACUUGGAUGAUGUAACACAUCUUCGAGGAUCCUUUCCCGGACCACCUGGUACUCCCUAUGAAGGUGGCACCUACAUCAUUGAUAUCAAAAUCCCUACGGACUACCCCUUCCGGCCACCUGCAAUGAAGUUUGAGACUAAAGUUUGGCAUCCCAAUGUCAGCAGCCAAACAGGUGCAAUCUGUCUUGACACGCUAUCUAGUGCCUGGUCACCAGUACUCACUAUCAAAUCUGCCUUGCUGUCGUUGCAAUCUUUGCUCAGCACACCUGAGCCCAAGGACCCACAAGAUGCUGAGGUAGCCAACAUGCUUCUCAAGACACCAAAGGAAUUCGAGCGUGUUGCCCGUGAAUGGGCAGUUCUCUAUGCUGGCGCCCCCAUGAGCAAUACAGGGAAUGGAGCCGCAGCUGACUUAGAUGAGGUGCAGCAAGGUACCGGUGUUGAUAACUUGGCAAAAUAUGAUGGAUACAACAAGGAUCUGAUUGACCGUUUUGGCAGCAUGGGAUUUGACGUCGAACAGGUCGUAGCUGCUUUCCGUUUUGUCGGCGCUCCCCGAAGAGGAGGACAGGACUAUGAAUUAGAAGAAGGCCACAUGGCAGAUAUUACUGCUCGACUUCUUGGUGAGUGA